CGAGUGUGUGAGCUGAGUGUGUGAGCUGAGUGUGUGAGCUGAGUGUGUGAGCUGUGGCAGUAACAAUGCCUUCAGUUCAGUCUCUGAGAGAGUUUAUCAACGAGCGACUAACUGCUGCUGCUGAACAAAUAUUCUUGGAGUUUGAAAAAACGAUCGUCCAGUACGAGGAAGAGAUCGACCGUCAGCGCAGACUGCUGGAUAUCACCUGGAAACCCCAAAUCAAGCUGCACAGGACAGACGUCCCACAGCAGCCUGUCUGUAAGGAGGAGGAGGUUCUCCCUGAGCAGCAGCUCUGUGACCAGGAGAGGAGCUCCAGUCUGGACCAGGAGGAACCAGAACCUCCACAGAUUAAAGAGGAACAGGAGGAACUGUGCAGCAGUCAGGAGGGAGAGCAGCUGGGACUGAAGGAGGAGACGGAUACCUUCAUGGUGACUGCUGCUGAGGAAACAGACCACAGUGAACCAGACAAUUAUCGGCUCAUCACUAAUAACUCCCCUCUUGCUGAGAGCCAAGAUCAGGCAAGAAGCAGGAAUGUAGAUUCAGGAUCAACGAAAAAUCCAAACAGAAGUAAAAAUGCAGAAAGCUCUCCUUCGUCAGAGAGUCGGUCCAGUACUGGUGCAGAGUAUAAACUGAGGAGCCUGAAGGUCAGAAUGUCUGUACCAGUGAAGUAG